UCAAAAACUUUGCUUUUAGGGAGAUGGAGCACUGCUGUUUUAUCUCAAAGGGAUACUGCAAAUAGGGUGAGUUAUAAAACUGGAAAGAUAAGAAUGAGGACUCGUGGAUUGACAUAAGGACCAUUCAACAGGGCUAAAUACGUCAUCUCCAUUGAUUCUGGAAGUGAAGAUGGUAGUUUUUUGCUUUCAACUUAUGACCACAUCUGCCAUGAUGUAAAGAGAAAGUAUGGCCCAAACCAUAUCUAUUUGACACCAUUGAAACAAUCUGGAAAGCACGUAAUAGUGCUGAAGAGAUGCAAAAAGAAGAUGCAAUUCUAUUAAGAUAUAUUUCUGUAUAUAUCCCUGGGAAAAGGCUGCAAAGAUCCCAGCCACCACGUUUACCUUCAACACCAAAGACUUGCUUCACAAGGAGAAGACACAGUGCUAUGCUCGCCCCCAAAGUGAAGGAAGGUGUAUAGGAAUGGAGAUUGAUUUAACCUCUACCGCAGAGAGGAGAGGAGAAAUGUGGUGGAUGUCCUACAAAUGUCAGUGACAAGAUCCAGGAAUCAAGGCAUUUGGGAAUUUUCGCAAAAGCUCAGGACCUCUUAAGGGUGAAGAUCUCAUUGAGGGAGGUUUUUCAGCAGUGGAAAAAACCGAAGGCCUGCGAGUUUGGAUCCCGUGAUGCAUUGCUGCUUGAAGUUACAUCUGCUCCUCUCUUUCAUCUCUCCUCUUGUUAACUGGGAGCUGUCACAUUAGGAGACUUCCGCAGAGCUCCUGAAGCCAACUUAACAGAGACUGCCCUACUGAAAGCUUUCUGAAGUCGUUCCUGAAAUACAAUGCAUAAUCUCUUGAGAUUAACUCAAUGGCAAAAAUUAAAAUUGCUGUUCCUUUCUAACAGUUUUUCAGUGCUUAGAACUAAUGGAUAGCAGUUCCUUCACUUCUGCCACUUGCUGAUGGACCAGAAGAAUGUGAACCUGCCUGCCUGGUUUCAGUAGUCUUUUCCUCAUUUGUCAAGGCCCUCUGGAAGGAUAGUGUACACUAAAUGUCGAACUGAAGAUAAACCAAAACUGAAGUUCUCUGUGUGGAAAAACAGGUGGGGAAGAUCUUGGCUGUGUUUGAGAAGGUAGAUGCAUCUCUCAUGUGUGCUACAAAUGCCCUCUGAUGACAUUAAUUCAGAAUAAGGUCAAGAUUAUCACCAUUAGAUUCAGACUGAGCUGGAUGCUGGUGGAAGCACGUGCAAAACAGUCCAAUGCAGCAGUCCCUCCCUGGCUGUGUGAGCUGGGAAUAGCUGGAAUUCCUCUGUUGAGUGUUCAGCACUCAUGCUGUAUACUUUGUGUGCACCUACCACUACUGUGCAAGCAGCUUCUUUCCUACAGAAUCAGUGUUUUAGAUGACAUGUUGUUGGAAUGACACUAUGAAGACCUGGCAAAUGUCACCUAUGCCAAGUAAAGACAGAGGGAACCACAAAACACGGGUGGCACUGCAGCGUCUUAGAAUAUUGUCAUCACAAAGCAACAAGAGCCUGACACUGCAUUGUAUCUGUUCAAUUAAUGUAUUUCUACCUCUGACUUUCUGUGUCAGUCCUGCUGGUCUCUUCAGUAGCAAGGCAGUGAGGGAAGAAUGUAUCUUUUUUAAAGAAAGUCGCUGGGAUUUUUGGACGUGUUAUGGUCUAGUUCUGUGACUGGGACCACAUGUAGUGCUGCAGGGUGAACUAAAACCAACAGCAACAGGCUAGCAAGAGUCAGCUCCAUAGUUCUGCCUCUGUUCACCCAUCUCACAUUCAAUUAGUCUCCGCUUGACAUCAGGCUGGGAGCAAUGAGCUCUGAUCAGAACAGUGGAUGUGGCAACAUGCCCGUGAGCUCCAUGUGUCACUCCAGAAUUAGAUGCUGUCCCACUGGAUUCCUCCAUAAAACAACUGAGGCAGAUACGUGGAGGCCAGAUUUGUCUUUCUUGUCUAUCUACCACACCCUCUGAGGUUAGGAAAAAAGGCAGAGCCACUUGCCAGAAAACAUUACAGAAGCAAUGAACUUUAAGACAGAGAAGAGCAUUCAGGGAUGUUGGUUAUCCAUCCAGAUGAAAGUGAGAAACAUUACACAAACACUGUUGCCCCAACGUACUCAUAUCUUGGUGGUAUUUUGUUUCUGAAUGAUCCUUUCUCUCGUGCAUCAGACUCUGGAAAGUGUUCAGGCUGCUAUGCGAAGAGGUGGCAGAGCCAAAAUCCAUGUGUGGACUUGUUCAGGGAGGUUGGGCUAAAGGUGGAAUCCCAAACUUCUGCCUAACUUCAGUUUGAACUGAAACUUUACAUCGGCAUUGAGAACUGAUUCACCAUGCAGGUGGAAGAACAUGAAAAGGAAAGCUUCAUCCGUGGUGUGCCGAUGUUAUCUGUACAACCCAAGGGGAAGCAGAAGGGCUGUGCUGGCUGCAACCGGAAGAUCAAGGACCGGUACCUGCUGAAGGCCCUGGAUAAGUACUGGCACGAAGACUGCCUGAAGUGCGCCUGCUGCGACUGCCGUCUUGGAGAGGUUGGAUCAACCCUUUACACAAAAGCAAAUCUCAUCCUUUGCCGCAGAGAUUACCUGAGGCUCUUUGGUACCACCGGGAAUUGCGCUGCCUGCAGUAAGCUGAUCCCUGCCUUUGAGAUGGUGAUGAGGGCCAGAGAUAAUGUUUACCAUUUGGACUGCUUCGCCUGUCAGCUCUGCAACCAGCGGUUCUGUGUGGGAGACAAGUUUUUCCUGAAGAACAACAUGAUCUUGUGUCAGAUGGACUAUGAGGAAGGGCAGCUGAACGGGAGCUUCGAGUCCCAGGUUCAAUAGCGAUCCCUGCUUCGCUGGAGCACUGUGGAUGGGCGCCCGGCCGCGCCAGCAGCCAGCCGUCUGUCAGCUUGCCUGCAAUAUUUUUUUAAUUCUGGUCCAGAGAGGACUAUAUACAUUGUAGUACUUUCCCCCCACCCCCAACACAAAGCAGUUACAAUUUUAGAUGUACAGUUGUGCCUGCUUAGCUGAGCACUGCAUUGCCUGUAUGUUUGUGAGUUUCCGGGGUCUGGGGGAGGGCUCUGUACAGUCUGUUUUCUGUAUAUAAACUGGAACAUUUAUUUUAUGAAAAAUGUAAUGCAAUUUUAUUACUGGUGUGAAUUAAAAAUUAUGAAUGUUU